GGCAAGCCAAUGUUCAUUUGUGCUCAUAAUGGAUACCGUGAAUGCCACCAUAGAAAGGAUGAGAGCCCAGUGUCUAUCCCGAGGGGCCUCGGGCAUCCAGGGCCUGGCCAGGUUUUUCCGCCGCCUGGACAAGGAUGGCAGCCGGUCCCUGGAUGCAGAGGAGCUGAGGCAGAGCCUGGGUCAGCUGGGGCUGGAUGUGGGGGAGGCAGAGGCAGAGGCACUGUGCAAGCGCUGGGACCGUGAUGGCAGUGGGACGCUGGACCUGGAGGAGUUCCUGCGGGCAUUACAGCCCCCUAUGUCCAAGGCCCGAGAAGCCGUCAUUGCAGCUGCCUUUGCCAAGCUGGACCAGACAGGGGAUGGUGUGGUGACUGUGGACGACCUGCGAGGGGUGUACUCUGGCCACGCUCACCCCAAGGUGCGCAGUGGAGAGUGGACAGAGGAUGAGGCCCUCCAUCAAUUCCUUGACAAUUUUGACACAUUUGAGAAGAAUGGGCAGGUCACACUGGCCGAGUUCCAAGACUACUACAGGGGACUCAGCGCUUCAGUGGACACUGAUUCAGAGUUCGUGGCCAUGGUGAGCAAUGCCUGGCGCCUCUGAUGUUGUAGCUCUCAGCUGCCUGACAACUGCCCUUAGCCUAGUCCCCUGACACAUCUGCUACUGUUACCACUGUCCUGGGGCCCCAACUAGACACAGGGAGGGGAAUAUGUGAGAAUGGGAGGCUGAAGAACCGGCUGGACCAGGUCUUUGGCAGGGCCACCCGCAGGCCUGGCUGGAUUGAGCACUGACCCCAUCAGGGCCCCCCUUGGCCACACCCAGCUUGUCUAGCUGCCAGGUGCACGGGAGGUCGGGGUUUUAGUUAAAAGUUUUAAUGCAGUUCUCAAAUACAUUUCAUAUGACAAUCUUACAUAA